AUGGACGUUGGCAGCAUCUCGCGGCAUGUGGAUUCGGAUUUCCGCAGGUUCAUGGGCCACCUGCCCAACAGCUCGGAGCCAGAGAUCACCAACCUGACUGCGGAGAUCCUACGCUUGGGCGAAUUCUGGUGGCCUUCCACCAAUUCGGAUGGAAGUCAACCAUCAAGUUUUACUCGUAUCUCCAUCUCUCCGCAACGUGUGCCGUUGGACGGCCUCGACGUCGUCAUGCGCACGGAUGGCUUCUAUAUUCCGCCCUACUCUCGAUGUCGAUGUCAGUUUGGCACCAUUCAGGUGCCGGCCUUUUGCGUGGCGCAGCUGCAAGAAGUGCAAUGCAGGGCCCCGGCAGUGACGGGCCAACAAGCGGUGCGGGCCCGCUUUUCCAUCAACGAUGGAGCCACCUGGGGACCCGAUGUAGCUUUCGCGUACUAUGCACCACCGCUCUUUGCGGCGUUGCAACCUCCGUUGGGAUCGCUGUUGGGGGUGAACAACGUCUCCAUCUACAUGUUCCAAUUCCCCACAGACGACCUGGUGCCGUCUUACUGCCGCUGGCAAGGUACCUUUGUGACCCCCAUCUACCCCGGCAGCUCGGAUUACAUCGUGUGCCCCGUGCCGGCGCACAGCAAGUUUGCACCAUACAUCCAGGAGGGAGACGACAUGCCAUUGACCCUGGAGGUCAGUUUCGCAGGCAUUCCCCCGGUGUGGAUCCCCCUACCACGCAGCUUAAACUUCCGACAGCACAACAGCCCGGUGCGCGAAACACAGGAGCCCUUGGAGCGCUUGGCAUCGGGCGAGCUCUUCGUAGCUCCGCGCCACGGUGUGGCCAUCAAAGGCGGCGCCGAUCUCACGCUGACGGGCUCUGGCUUUGUGUACCCCGCGGUAAACCGCUCCUUGGUGGGCUGUGUCUUCGGUCGCUGGUACUUCUCGCCGGGCGAGGUCAAGAGCGACACGGAAAUGCGCUGCCGCGCCCCGUCGCUCUUCGACGUUUUCCCGGAUGCACAACCGCCCAUGGAUGUGACUAUCGAUCUGAGUUUCGAUGGUGGACAGACCAGCACCAAUCUGAACAACGUCUACAGCUACCUUAAGGACUUCCAGUUCGAAUCCGUGCUGCCUUCUGGUGGCCUCUACAGUACGCAAACGUUGGCGACGUUGCAAGGGAAGAACUUCAAGCGAACUCCCAACAUCUUCCUGAAAUUUGGUGACAUCAAGGUCUCAGCAGCCCUGGCUACAGCCGAGACGCUAAGAACCCUGGCGCCGCAGCAGGAGGAGCCAGGCACCUACAAAAUCCAGUACUCCGUGGACGACCAAACCUUUGUCGACACGGGCUUGGUUUGGGUGGCCUCGGCCACGUCGUUGGUCACUGCUAUCAUUCCAGACCGCGGCUUCCGGGUGGGCGGGACCAACGUGACCAUCGUGACCAGUGGCCUUUAUUGGUUGCCCACGCUCACUUGCGUCUUCGGAUAUGCACCUGUGUCCACCGUUCCCGUGUACAACCCCGAGGAUCCACUGAAUCCACGCCUCACUUGCCUCACACCACCCUGUGAGAAGGCCAUGUAUUUGGACGGUGUGGGGCCCAACAGCUCCGUCGAUUGUUUUGGCUUCGUCACCGUGCAGAUGACCUUCAACGGUCGCAACAUGUUCGGCAACCUGACCUACGAAUAUGUGAAGAUGCCUCAGGUGACCUAUGCCAGCCCCUUCCCGGCCAGCGGUUGGAGCAACGAUCUCACGAUCGCUUUGUUCGGCAUGAACUUCCAAGAGCCCAUGUGGUGUCGAUGGGCUGACUUGAGCGAGAGCCCCGCCACGGACGUGACGCCUGGCUUCAUGCGUUGCACUGCACCGCAGCUCCCCGUGGAGAUGCGUCCGGACAACGCAUCCACGGUCCACAGCAUCUUGAGCUACUUCGAGAUCUCGCCCAACGGACAAGACUGGACGCGCUUCAAACGCGCGUGGCUGUGGUACAGGGAGCCGGAAGUAUUGAACAUCGUUCCAAACACCACCUUCCGGUCGUAUGCGCCUCAAGGGGAUUUCAUCAUCACGGGGCGCUACUUCCGCUUGUUGCAGCCCGAACUGGUGCAGUGCGUGUGGCUGUAUGACAAAUACCUACCCCCCGAGCGCGUCAACGCGGAGCUCCUUUCGCCUGAGACGCUGCGGUGUCAACCCACGCAGCCGGCAGCAGCGUCGGGCAUCGACACCAUCGACAAGUUGCAGCCUUUGGGCGUCAAUCUGGAAGUUUCCAUGUCGACGCAGGUGGACUCGGCCUCGGCUUUGACGGUGCUGGCGGAGGAACGGAUGGAGCUCCAAGCCUCCGUGGAGGGCAACUUCCCAGGCCAUGCGCUUGCAGAUCUUGUGGAUGCAAGACAUGAUGUACCCACGGACCCACUUCUCGCAGCGCACAUCAAGGGCUACGGCCUCCCAACUUCGGAAUUGCGGGUGGCUGAACGCUUCCAUCUUGAAGCCUACAAGGCUGCAACUUCAGCACAGCACCAACUUGGUCCAUGUUGCACGCUCACCUUGCGUGGUUUGCGGCUCUGGGCGGAAGAGCCGAUUUAUGGCAGCGGCAACCGCACAGGCGCCAAGCUCUUUGUUGCUGUGGGCGAUCACUUGUUGGAAGCGCGACGUGGCAAGGACCCCAAUUGGGCCACGGUGCGUUUGCCACCCACGCCCCAUAUGGCCAUAGUGCCGCGUGCCGAGCCUCUACGCCUCACGAGGAACCUGCAGGACUACACGCCUGCGGACGUCAGCAUUGGUUUCAACCCUAUUCCCAUCGGCACCUUCUACCGUGCCGAGCUCCACAACGGCACCCUACAGCCCUGCCCCCAGGGCCACGCGUGCCCGGGCGUGGGCGUGAACCAGUCCGACCUGACCUAUCCAGGGGAUGCGCCCAUCAGGUGUUUACCAGGCACCUGGAUGAACGCUACGGGAUACUUCGAAUGUGAACCAUGCCCUGAGGGCGUCUACUGCCCUCGCUAUGCCAUGAUCGAACCUGAGCAUUGCGAGACGGGCUACAUCUGCUGGGGUGGCACAGAGUUUGAUGCGAACUUGGCGAUUUGCCCCGCUGGAAAGCUCUGUAUCCGUCCGCCCUACGGAAAAACACCUUCAUCCAGCACGUCGCGCUUCCCCUUCAUCCGACGCUUGAGUGAGGAGGCGGAAGAGGCUCCCUCUGAGGAGCGGCGCUUGCGGCUCGCCACCGUGCCCAGCAGCGUGGAGAUCCAAGCGUGUCCCGCAGGCUAUUUCUGCCCACCGGGAUCGAUCGCACAACUGGAUCCCUUCACGGGCGAAUUGAUCUAUGUGUCGCCUAUGGCCUGUACUCGCCUGGGCAUCGUGUGCUCCGAGGGUUCCUUCAACCCGCUCUCCAUUGACGUCAUCGCCGGGCCCGGGGAGUACGUUGCGCCCGACGGCAGUGGCGUGCUGCCGUGUCCUGUGGGGAUGUCCUGUCCUGGAGGACCAGGCUUCCUCCUGCCAUCACCAUGUCCUCCCGGUCAGUACCAGCUCAGUUCGGGAGCGCCCGAUUGCUCCACCUGCACCGCGGGCACCAUAUGUCCCGGUUUCGGUAGUGCCCUGCCCACCUUGUGUCCUGCUGGUCGCGUGUGCGCGCACGCGGGGCGCGAGAUUCCAUCCUACUUGUGUCCAGCAGGAUCCUAUUGCCCUCCGGGUGUCAUCACUCUGAACACCCUGGCGGGUUUAUCGGACAACGGGCCGCGCAUUUGUCCACCGGGACUGUAUUGUAUGGCCGGAACCUCCUCUGUCAUUCCAGAUCCCACUAGUAUGACCACGGCGAAGCAAUGCACGCAGGGUACCUUCUGUGUGGCCAACACCACCACAGCGGGCGGCACGGACAAUUGCCCACCCCGAUGGUACUGCCCUGCGGGUGUGAGUUCUCCACAGCCCACGCCUCCUGGGCAUUAUGUGGGACAAUCUGGCAGCAUCUAUCCAUCCAAGUGCCGGCCUGGAACCUAUGCAGCCAAUUGGCUCAUGAUUGAGUGUGAGCCCUGCCCAGCCGGCACGGAGUGCCCCCUGGAUGGCACCGUGGUUCCCACGGUGUGUCGUCCCGGAUCCUACCGCGAAGCAACCACUGCAGGGUCGGAUCCCACGAAGAACGUCAUGUGUACUCCCUGCCCGCAGGGUACAUGGUCAGAACGUGGUGGCCUUUCAUCGGUCCUGGAUUGCAAGAACUGCGAUGAAAGGUACGUGUGUCCCAUGGAGGGUACCAUUCGUUUCGCCACCUUCGAGCAACCCUGCCCAGCCGGAGCCGCGCCCACGGACAUUUGCUACGAAAAUUCCCAGGGAUGGGAUUGCCCACAAGGCUACGGCUGCGGUCCGGCCACUACCUCCUUCACACAGUACGACUACUUCUGCGAAGCGGGCUUUUGGUGCAAGGUCCGGACCGUGCCCAGCGAGACGCGCAACUUGCUAUGCCCUGCAGGUUACUACUGCAAGCGCGAGACCGGGCAGUCCGGCGGCUCAGGGCGCUACGCCUUCCGCUGCCCCAGCAACCGCUUCUGUCCCGAGGGCACUGCAGCUGAAGACGUCCGCAUUGACAACCAGCUCCUCAUUGUCUUGGAGAACGUUCAGUCGCUGGUGUCCAUCGUCACGCAGCCGGACUUGGAGAGAGGCUCGAUGUGCCGCAUCUGUUUGGAAGACGCGGAUCCUGGUGUUUUCGAUUUACGCCGCUGUAAACCCUGCGGAAAGAUCGUGCCCCUGUCGUUCUUCGAAAAUCUGGCGAACCUCAACUCGGGCGCCCGUCGCCUUGACGACUUGGAUCUGGACUCCAACUAUGUCGCCUUGCACGAGAACUACAGCAACAUCACCCGGGGUAAGCAGGUGUGGCUGUUGCCCAAGCAGAAUUUCACAGAGGAACGGGUGGUCCUUGAGGAGGUCUUUGCGGAUGAACUGAGCCGCGAGAUCUUCGAGCGCGCCAUGGAAGCGCGAGGGCACCGCGAGCCCCGCUACGAGAUCCCCAGCGCCCUGGCAGAUUUGGAGCUGCCACAGGUCAAAAGUUUGAAGCCAGGAAACCCAGAUCCAGCCGCGCGGGAUCGCUGGGAGCCCCAAACGGGGCCGGAAGAACGGGGAAAGGCAAUGGUAUGCCGUAGGUCAGCAGUGGCCCGGGAGCUGCAAACAGUAGAGGACAGCGUCGACAACAUGACCAAUAGCUCCAACGAAACGGAAGUGGUGUACCAAUGCGCACCAGAUAUCACCACGGUGGAGCUCACACCGUGGACCAAGAGUUCUGGGCUGCCCUGCUAUUCCGCAGUGGAGGACUGGAAGGGCACGCUGCAGUGCCCACGGGGGACCAUCUCAACGAUUGGUUCCCAGUCUCCGGAAGAUUGCAUCCAGCAAGGCGAGCUGAUUGCAGUGACGAACAUCUACAGAUGUCCCUUGUGCCGUGGGGACCUGGAGUCGGAGGUAUACCCUCCAAGUACUUACAAGGCAAGUCAAUUGCUGCGCUUAUCCAUCAAUGCAUUGGUGGAGCUCUUCAUUCCGACCUAUGUUAAAGCCCGUGGUGUGACACGUGCCAAGAGGUUACCCGCCGGUGGAGAUGCGCCCCUGCAGCGAGGGCAAAUGGCCCGCCGACUAUGUGUUCCUCGGAGCGGGAAACUUCCCACGGAGGGCACUCGCGGGGCGAGGUGUGACAUGGCUGUUGAAGUCUUGUGCAACAUCACCGAACCCUUGGAGUUUGAGAAGUAUGACACGGACUACAAGAAGUCCUUCGUGUGGGGCUCCAAGAUUGAUCCUACAGACCCUGAAAGCAAAACGGUGGCCUUCUACGGUUUCGAUCCCUUCGAAGAUGAGGAUUUGGUGAAUAAACGUCCCUUCCAUAGCUUCGAGCUGCAACCCAUGGACAUCGCCGUUCUGGACUUUUCCUUCGAUCGCAUCUCAAAGACCACCCUGGUAAACGCAGGGGAGGCGGGCCACUUCAACAUUCACAUCCACUCCACGCUCUUGGACCCCAAUGACCCGGUGCAACAAGCGCGUGGCCAUUUGCUGCCGCCCUUCUUCUGGCGUUCCAUCAACACUCGGCUCCAUGUGCACACACAACUGAAGAUCAUCGCCUUGGAGCAGUUCAGCAUGAGCGUUCAAUUGGAUUUGCUGCAUGGUGGUCACGUGCAGAAUUUGGACACCUUCAAUGAGGUGCUGGACAUUCACCGCUACAGCCCCUCGCGUGCGGAUUGGGGCAAGCGCUUCUUCUUCUGCCCAGUGAUCUCGAAGGAAGCAUUGCUGGACGGUUUCUACGAACUGCCCUACAACAUGCCUCCGGGCUUCGCCAGUGCCGUAGGCAAUCCCGGCUUGGCCAUCGGCCUGACAAAGCUGGGCGGCAACUUGGAAAACCAGCCGCAGACGGAAUUCUACGAUGGGAACAACGCCUUGGCGGCAGUGGACAAGGGCGGCCAGGCCUUUUGGCAAUCGCAAGGUUUAGAGACGGUCCCAAUGCCUUGGCUGCCGUUCUUCUCCAACUGCGUUGGCUUCGAUUCGUACAUCAUCCUCUGGGAUCUCUUCGAAUCUCCCGGCGAGCUCCGGGAGGGCUGUGAGAUGGUUCCGCGUGAGGAGGUGAAGAUCGUGCCACCGCUGAUCGUGGACUUCGAUACCUUAGAGCCACGCUUUGAUCCGGUGGCCGACAGCUGUCAGUUGAUCACCAAGUGCCACUUCGAGGAAUAUAUUGUACCAGACUCCUACGGCUCAACUCUCUGGUGGGAGCUGCCCGAAGAGACGGUCCUCUUUUACAUCACAACGCAGCCCAUCAGCUACGAGGACUUCAAAAUCGGAGACCCCUUCUUCGCGCCCAUGGUGGGUACCGAGCUUUUGACUGGAGUCAACUUGAUGAUGGAUGACAGGAGCGAUCCAGACGGAGGACCCAACGCCCCCAACCUACGCAUUCCUCGGCGCGUCAUCUUCCAGAUGGCCUACUUCCAGGAAAGCCAAGAUAAGAAGAAGUUGGUGUCCGCAGACAUGCAGUUGCAAUCCUUCGAUAAUGACGACACCAACACUGUCUACUACCUCAUGUUGGCCUUUGAAGCCCUGGGUUGGCAAGAUCUCAUGAACGAGUUCCAGCUGCCAUAUCAUGUCUAUGGCAUUCUCUACUGCCUCAUUGGUGAUUUUUUUCAUCCCAUUUUGCGUGCCAUGCAUGACCCGACUGCGCAUGAUUUCGGCGCCGCCCGUGACAGCGUCGGCCUUUCUGACUCAAUUUCUUCCUGGCGCGAUUGCGCCAUCAUUCUUGCUACUGUGGAACCUACUUCUUUCUACAAAGGGCCUCCCUCCGACGAUGCCUGCCCCAAGGCCUUCUGCGCCACGGACGACUACGCCAACGACGCUGGCGAAGCCAGCGUCGUCAGCGCCACCCUGUCGGGCGAGGAGAUUGCCAUGAGGCUGAAACUCCGCAAGGCCACCGGCCUCAAUUUCUACAGGGGCAGCUUCGUCGCGAAACGAUUAGGUCGCACGGCGCCUUCAACGUGGUCAGCCAGGGCUUCGUCGUGCGGCGCCAGGUCCACUUCGACGUCGCCACGUGGAGGCCGCAGAACGAUGACUCCCACGGGAGGGGCGCAUUACCACUACGCCUUUCUCUCAUUCGACUUCAGCAGGUCUAGAGGGCCUGCACCUCGAAUGUACGACGUCGUUGAGCACUUGAGGGGCCACCUUGUCGGCCAGAGUCUGGGUGCGGUGGGCGCCACCUUGGUAGCCUGGGCCGGCAUCCGUCUGAAGGUGCGGAAAGCCAACCAACCACCAUUUCGGUUGCUGGAAUGUUACGAGUUCAUGUUCUGGUGGCCGGUGCAAGGGGUCACCUUUGCCACACUGCCAGUGGUCUUUGCCUGCGGCUUCAUCAAGCUCCUGUUAGCGCCUGAGUUUAACUUCACUGGCGCCAUACCCUGCACCUACGGCGAGUUGGCCUCGGCUCAGACGGACGAGAGCGAAUCGGAACGCUGUCGUCAGGGUCGCACGGGCACAUGCUUUUUGCUGGCCGGGAUGUUGAUGUUGGUGUCAGGGAGCCGUUUGAUCAUCCCGCGCUUGCGGGAAGUGGAGGAGCAAUUCCUCCUGCAGCAGCCCACGCAUUUGCUGAGUCGAGAAGGCUUGACCCUGCGAGCAGAGCAACGGCAGCAGAUCAGGACGGUGCCCAUUCGCUGGAAGCGAGCGCACUUGAUCUUCGUGAGUGUGUUUCUGAUCUUUCCCUUGACCUUGCUCUGGGAGUUCACCUACUGCGACUUCUUUGGCGAGAACGCCUUGUACUUCAUCAUCGGCUUCAGUUUCGCCAUGAAUUUCGUGGACAACGCCUUGUCCAGGGCGGUGCGAGAGGAGCUGAUCCAGGUGCCCUUGUCCACGGCCUGCAGCGUGGUGCUCUUUGUGGGUACCCUGGGGGCUGAUGACUUUGUGGACUUCUGCGAAGGUUUCUUCCUGGAGCUUCUGUACGGCAUCGCCGAGCGCUUGAUUUUGGGGACCCUCUUCGAGGCAAUCGAUAAGGGCACGGCGUAUGCAGCCCACUGGGCCAAGACCCGUUCCUGGUUCUGGCGAUUUACCCUCAUCCUGACGGCAGGCCGUUCAACACGAGCCUUGCUGAUGAACGAAGGUAAAGAUGAAGAAGAGAUUUCCCCAGAAGAGAUGGUACAAGAAGGAACGCCCAUCGAAGAGGCCAUGGAGGAAGUCAUUGGCUGCGGCACUACCUGCAUGAGUACGAUCAUGACGCCUUUCAUUAUUGGCGCCAUCUACGUCUUCGCACCUGAAACCGAAAUUCCUGUAUCAUAUGAUAUUCGCAGCCGGGACUUGAUCUGUUACCUUCUCUUCGGUAUCAUCAUCGCACCUUUCCAGGUGAUGAUGGAUAUCUUCAUGAACCAUGCCACAGAGCUUCAGAACAACGUGAGGAUCUACGACUACAUGCUUUACUCCAAGUGGCGCUGGCGCAACCGCGUGACCCGUUGCUUAGCGAAGCAUGUGAACCGUGACCGGAACCCCAACGUGGGCGCGACCCGUCUUGGUGCUCCACAGGCCCGCCGCAAGGUGGCGACGGCCAAGCCGCAACGUGGGGUGAAUCGCGCGCCACUGGCGAGUCUGGCGGACAUCACCAACAUCCAAGAUGCCCGUGACAUGCGCAAGAAACCGCUCCGGGAGCCCCUGGCACCCCUGGCGCCACUGGCGCCGCUCGAGCGAAGCCUGGUGACGAUUCGAAACCGCGAGGCUUCACCUACACCGAUGGAGAUUAGUAAUCCCGAGCUCUUGGCAGAAGCGCAUGACAAGGUGCAGUCUGUGGCGGAGUACGCGCCGGAGAUCGCAGACCAGCUCUUUCACGACGAAGCCAUCUUUAUGCCGCGCGCGGACUAUAUGGAAUCGCAGCAAGACAUCAAUGGCAAGAUGCGCGCCAUUUUGGUGGAUUGGCUGGUGGAAGUUCACAUGAAAUAUCGACUGCGUCCAGAGACGCUGUUCCUCGCCGUGAACUUAAUCGACCGUUACAUGUCCUCGCUCCCCGUGUUGCGCCGACGCUUGCAGCUGCUUGGGGUGGUGGCCAUGUUCGUGGCCGCCAAAUUUGAGGAGAUCGAUCCGCCCAAAGCCACCGACUUUGUGUACAUCACCGACAACACCUACUCAAAGGAUGAGCUCUUCCAGAUGGAGUGCAACAUGUUGAGCACCCUGGAGUUCCAGGUGGUGGUUCCCACAGCCGCACACUUCGUGAACCAAUUCGUGAAGGCCAAUGGCUGCGAGAACCCGCGCCAUGCGGAGGUGAUCAAAUACAUCAUGGAGUUGGCUCUGUUGGAUCUCCGCAUGAUCAGACACAAGGCCUCUCACUUGGUUGCCGCAGCAGUCCUUCUGAGCAAUGAGCUCUUUGGCCGUGCUAUUCCUUGGCCGGAACACAUGAUCCAAAUCAGUCGACACACCGAUGCCGAGCUCAGGGUAUGCUGCGAGGAACUCCGACAACUGGUGCGUCAGGCACCCAGCCAGCAGCUCCAGGCAUUACCAGGUGGCCCGCAACGCUGUCCUGGUGGCUGCCUGAGUCAUCCGAUGUCAUUUGACUUCGGACGCUGCUGGCGUCGUGUCGCUGGGGCCCGGUGCAACAUCGGUUGGCUCUUCGAUGACCCACGGCUGGACCAGUCGAUUGCGGAGCCCUUGCAGAGUGUGAACCAUUUAGCCUUCUCACCUCAGUUCUACUUCAUUGAGACCUACUACACCUGGGGGAUGUUGGUCUUGCUGUUGUCCAUCACCGUCUUCCUCCGCAAGCAGCCUCUCAGCCGCAUAGGAUGGCUGCAUCGGGUAACCGUGGAAAUGGGAAACGUGGACCAGUGGGAGGUGCUUUGGAAGCCCAUGGACAACAACAACUUCCGCAUCUUCAGCCGUUCGGUGGCGCUGGCGCUUCAACGUAAGGAUGCUGCCCUGGCCCAAGAGAAGUACCGGCAGUGGUUCUGGCAACGCCAUUCAGGAUGGUUGGUUGGCCACUUGAACGACAUCUUCACACCUCGUUCCCGUGAGCGAUACAAGGGAAAGCUCAGCCUGCUCUACCAGCAGGCUCUGCAGCUUCAACCAACCCGCGUCUACAAAACGCCGGGUGAUGCCUUCCCAGAGCCGGUCGGGCAGCAGGAGCUGCCGGAGAACCUACGACUAGAGCGCCGUGGCCGCCGUGGUGUCAAGGGGCUGGAAGAAGACGACUCAGAAGAUGAGGCGAGUUCCUUGGCAUUGCCCGGCAAGGGCGGCUUUGGCGCCCUGAUGCUUCCGGGCGUCACCAGCAAGCAAGAACCCAGUCAAGGUAUGCGCCAAGGUAUGCGCGCCUCAGUGGCCCUGAGGCAACUGGACAUCCCCUCGCUGCCUACCAUGCCGCAGGCGGCACUGGAGCCCAUCGCGCCACCCUUGGAACUGGCGGACAACUGGCCGCUACAGGCGCACGGGGACGCUUUGGAACUACCAGAUGCUGCAGGCUUCGGCCCCCUGGCGGCUCUCACUGGCGCCGCCUGGCUGCGCGUGGCGCGGCGGCGCAUCAUCAUGGGGCGCCAGGCGGAGGAGUACACCAUCGAACAGCCCUUGAAUGAUGUCUGCGGCGGUUGUGCAGUGCGCGCCAAUGAUCCUUUCGUCAAGGAGCGGGUGGGCAUUUGGCAGCAUGGUCCACGCUUCAAAGUCUACCUGACGGGUAACCUCCGCCAGCUAAUGGCCAGCUUCGAGCGUCACUACGAUGUGCCGCCGCAGCGUUUGGCCGGGGCGGUGAUCCGACGGUAG